CUGCUGGAUAUUUGAUUGCCGAACCGAACACUGCAAAAUGACAAAAGUUACUGAGGGAGAAAUUUCAGGCGGCGGCCAAGAUGUCGGGAAAUCUAAUCUGGAUUUUCCUAUACUGGCCAAAGGAUAUGUACGUCAGGACUCGGUUAACGAUUUUGUGGCCAGCUAUUCGGAGGGAGAGUUUAUAGCUCUCAGUGGCUCCAAGACGGAAGUGGUCACCUUGGAGUUGAGCAGCAAAUUCGUGGCCCUGGAUCCUUUUCCAUAUUUGGUAGCCUAUUUGGAAUGCAACGCUUCGGAACCGCGACCCUUAGAUGUUUUGGCUAGUCAAGUGAAUCUGGAGGCCAUAUACGACACCUGUGAUGUCCUGGAGGCGCAACAUUUGGCCUUGGAACCAGCUUACACGGCUGUUUGCUCCGUUUCUGUGCCAGCAACGAGAUUAGUAGCUGUCAAGCGGUCACCCAAGUUACUACCAAAUGGAAAUCUUCUUCUGGGCUCCCUUAACUCCUAUGGAUUUUUUACCUUAAUGAGCAAACCCGCGGAGUACAACCGAUGGAGCCGACUGGAGGAGCUCAAUGUGUCGGUAGUCUUAAGGGACACCCUGCUACCCGAACAAGACAUUUCCAACAUAACAAGCUUUAAGAAGUAUCAGGCAUUCAUUAAUCGCGCCUGGAUCACGAUGUUUGCUUGGUUACCAGAUAAUUCUGAGACGAAUGGUCAUCAUAUUCUGGUCUUGGCAACCGCUUCUGGGAGUUUGUGGACUCUCAACCUAAGUGCCGAUGCGAAAACAAUCCUGAGUCACCAAGAAGUAUGCACCUCACUUGGUCGCAUUUGCUAUAUUGACGCUUUCAAGGACCUUCUACUCCUAGGCGAUAUCAAUGGUCUCAUCCAUCUGUACAAAUUCGUGCCACAGGAGAUCCCCAAUUUUGUCUUGACAAAGGCUUUGUGGGAAAAAGCUGAUCGCAUGGGUCUGCAAAAUGCACUGAUUACGGAGUGUCCCGUCAAGAAUUGCUACUACAUAACCUGCUCCAAGGCGUCGCAUGUGCUGACCUGGUGCAUGCCAAGAUCGGAGGAGAAGCAGUGGCUGGCGACACGACUCUACGUCGGCGGGAUGAAGAUCACCGGUCUGUGCAGCCUGGGCAAUAAUAGCUUUGCAGUGGGGAGCGCAGGCAGUCAUUUGCAUCGGAUUCAAAUCUUCCAUGAGGACAACCAACUCCGACUGCAGAUGCAAUCAAUACCCAUGGCUGUGCUGCAGGACUUCCCGGUAAUGGGACUCUGCACCAGUAGGCACAAGAAUCUAAUGACCAUGUUUGUCUACCGCAACAAGGAAUUUAUAAAUCAAAACGUGGCCCAAAGGAAACAUAUGGACAUUCAAGUGGUCAAGGUACGGAAUGAGGAUGCUCUUGCUCAGCUUAUUAGCCAUUUGGAAGUUGAUAAACCCAUCAAUUACCACACCGAUUUCUUAGCCGAACUUCGACUUGACGUAUUUGUCGAGGCGAAUUGGCAAAGAUAUAUAGACUUUAGUCCAUUGAAUAGCUUUACAUUUUCGGAGCCUGCCACGGAAACGCAGCUGCAGCAGCUGCAAGUUAAAUUCCACGUCCUGCAAUCCGUUCUUCGCCUGCAAACGAGUCUGCUCCAACUGACGGUACAUGUAAAAAAGUCUCAGGAUGAAAUGAAGCUACUCCUGGCGAUGCUAUCCAUUACACACAUAAGACUAAGACUCCAAUUUAUUGGUACGCUGAGUCAACGAACAACAUUCCAGCAGCAGACAACAAAGUGCAUGUUUGAGGAGUCUCGACGAAUGAUGAACAAACUAAAGUCUGACUUCUCGGAGGAGCAUCCUCUGGGAUCUACCACAAAGGCCUUUGUUGAAGAAAUAGGAAAACAACUUAAGGUAUUGCAUAACAAUCUGGGCAAUCCUGUGAUUGGAGAUCCCUUGGAGAAACCACUGUUGCGCUGCAGUGUGUCGUUUGUGGAGAUUUCCCCCAGCUUGGACCGUCGCUACUGCAGCAUCUGCGAACGCUCGAUCCUUUUCGAGCUGGAGAAUCUGCAGGAACUCUACGAUCUUGGUAGGAUACUAACGUGCCCCAUCUGCCAUGGAAGCUUUGCCGUGGAAAUGUUAACUGCAUAA